CUAAAGCAACUAAAACAACUAGGGGUGUCCGGCCGCAGCGCUGGCAAAGUGGGUGAUCCAGAAGCUCAAUUUUUGUUAGGAAGCUGUUACGGAAUGGGAGCACUGGAAGCGCCUAUAGAUCAUCGACGAGCAUUUCAAUGGUAUUUUCAGGCUUCCAAAUAUGGUCACGCCGAAGCAACUUAUCGAACCGCUGUUUGCUAUGAAUUAGGCAUUGGUACUGAAAAAAACGGUGAUUGUGCUGGUAUAUUCUACCGUAAAGGUGCACAUAUGGGCCAUAUCCCCAGUAUGUACAAAUUGGGUAUUAUUCUGUUGCAAGGCUAUUGUGAUCAACCUAUUGCAAAGAAGGAGGCUGUGAUUUGGUUGCAGCGAGCAGUUUCUGAAGCUUCUGCACAACAGUCAUCAUCUACAACAGCAACACCAAUGAAUUCGCCACCAAAUUUACAGCCUUUUCUCAUACCCGACCCUAAAUAUGCCGUCAAUGUACUUCUGAAAGAGGCAGCUCAACUUGGUCACGCUCCUAGUCAAAAUAAAUUAGGGGAAUACUACGAAGUUGGUUAUCAUUGUCCAGAAGAUGAAACAAUGUCCAUUUAUUGGUAUACCUUAGCUGCUCGACAAGAUUUUCCUGAAGCCUGUUUAGGCCUUUCUGGAUGGUAUUUAACUGGUUCACUCAAAAGCAACAUCUUAGCACAGUCGGAUAAAGAAGCUUAUCUGUGGGCUGCUCGAGCCGCCUCGUUGGCCAUUGAUCUGGAGCCCAGGAUUGUGCUAGCUAAAGCAUAUUAUACCCUUGGUAUGUAUUAUGAAAAUGGUAUUGGCGUUGUUAAAUCUACAGAAACAGCAACCAGAUAUUUCAAGAGAGCGGCGCAUUUGGGACAUUCGGAUGCCCUUAAGAAAUAUCAUGAAAGAAAA